AUGGAUCAAGGACAAGACUACCUGCUUGGUCGUCUUGUGAAUCAAGCCAAAGAAGCAAUUGCCAAGGCCUGCAUUCAAAUUCCGCUGCCACCAAUGGAUGACCAUCAUGAUGUCAUCGACGACGACGACGACGACGAGAGCGGGAAUGAAUUCAGGGAAGUCACCCCCAUCAUUGUGGCUAGUGAUUUUGAUGAAACCUACGAGCUAUCAGUUUGUCCCGAGACUGGCCGUCAAAUCAUUGAAUAUUUGGACCUUUCGGAAUUUGAAAUUCGGUUCACACCCGAAGAAUUGUUUGAAUUUGAUACCAUGCUACAAUCACUGCACUUUUCCAGGUGUCACGCUCUUGCAAAAGUUUCACCUUCCAUACGGAAACUAAAGGGACUCACACAAUUGGACCUACCACGUUGCACCUCGCUGACCCAAUUGCCGGAUGAAAUAUUUGUCAGUCUGACACAACUGAGCCGGCUAACCUUGACCCACUGUUCGAAUUUGCAGGAUCUUCCGCGAGAUUGGAGUGGAAUGCGCAAUCUAACAUCGCUCUACUUGGAAGGAUGUACUAGCCUGAAGGAAAUUCCCAACGCCUUAUGGGACGAGUGUCACAACCUUGUCUAUCUCGGGUUGGCCCGUCUGAAGUGUAUCAACCCUUGUCUACCGGAUGGGAUUCGCAACUUGACCGAACUGAAAGCGCUGAAUGUCAGAGGUUGUCCAUACUUGAAGUAUUUCACUAACAAUGACAAUGACAAUGACGACUCUAAAGACAACGCCCUUGCUCCCUUGACAAGACUGCAUAGCAUCUUUGCCAGUAACACGCCUAUCAGCAAGCUUCCUCCACUCUCAGUCUUGGCUGGAUUUCCUCGGCUAAAAGUAUUGGAUUUGAAGAACUCUCCAAACAUUCCACUUGCGUUUCAAGACGAACAGAAAUUUGAUUCCAUGGGAAUGAUACGCCUUUUGGAUCGAACAAGACUUCAGGCUGGUACCCUGGAAUUGGUUCUGUGGAAGACUUGGGGGUGGUCCAUAGAUCCAGAUGAAAGAGCUGAGAACCGCCUUUCCAUUGUGGGCAUGGAUGCAGUGAUUCAAAGCGUCGUGCCGUUCCUAUGUGGCGAGGAUGGACCAGAACUCUUGACCUUCUGUUGCAAAAAAUAA